UUAGAGGCCACCGCUUUUGUUAAGUGUUUUUUUUAGUUUCCCGAACAGCUAUCAGCAGCAGCAGUGUCCGUUUACUACUGCGACGUUCUUUGAAGCAAAAUGUCAAAUUUUGCUUCCAUCAGCUGCUGAAAAUUUUUCUCCGGUUUUUAUGUUGUCGUUGUUGCGCAUUAUUUUGACUGCUCGGUCGGUUCGAGAUUCUCGCGAUUAUGUGAAAAUAUUAAAAUAUUGUAAGAAUUGUGUUUGUCGGGGCGGUGCGAAGCAGUUUCGAUCCAGCCUAUAGGGCUUCACGGAAGAAUAAAAGGAACCUUUUGUUUCGAGUUUAUCUGAUCAGUCGCAAGAAUUUUUUUCAAGUAUGUGAAACAAAUGCUAGUAAUUUACCAAAUUUGUUAUUUAUUUGUGCUACUGUGGGUGUCAAAAUUAUAAUAGGAUUGUAAAUUAAAUAGUUAUGAAGAAAUUGCCAUAUGACAUUUAACUCCCUGGUAUCAAUGUUUAGUGUUGUAUUGCAUUAGUGUUUGAACUUCGACAUGCAUCCGAAUGUGGCCUGUCCGUCAUCUGCGUAAAUACAAGCGGUCGAAAUUCUACGUUUGAGGGUCGAACAUUCGUGCGACAAUCAAGGCAGACUAUCACAAUGGCUGAUGAGACGGUGAACUGGGGGAUAUCGGAUGAGGGAGGUGAAAACGCAGCAGGUGAAAAUGGACACGAUUCCUCGGAUCACAAUUUCCAGCCUGAUUCGUUGCGAGAUAUUCUCGACACGGCAAUUCAAGAACUCGAUCAGGAGGUGCCUAUGUUUGGCACGACCAACUCCAUCACGCGCCCGAUGAUGCUUCCACGGGGUCGUCAUACAAACUUCUACGACUCGCUUUCUUAUUUUCCACCUUCAGCCCCGAUGGACACUACACGUACCAACUACGGUCUAUUUGGGCCCACCUCGUUUGGAUACUUCCCUUCACAUUAUCAUCAGCACCACCAUCCGCCGCAACCGCAUAUACCGUCAUCGAACCGAUACUCACCUUCCUAUCAACACGCAUCGUCCGGUGCUAGAUCUUCCGGAUUCAAUAUGCGUCAACCUGCCGACGUAGACUAUGGACCCAGGUCGGGCAACGGUACAAAUUCUGCGAUUCGAUCGCGUUCCUACUCGCGACCACCACGAUCAACAGAGGAUAUCGAUCCCAAUUGGAACAAUCAUAACUUCCAUCAUUACUCCCACGGGAGUGCUAGCGCGCGAGAUGGACGCAGUGGAUUCACUCGUAAGCGUCAGCACAAUUGUGACAUGUGCUGUCGACCAAAGAAGCCAGCUCAAGCAGAAGGACUUCAAACUCCUCAUCAUUCUGGACUAGCAAACCACAGAUCGAUCAAGAUAGAACCUCCGUCGCCUAGUCGACCACCUCGAGAACCAAUAAAAAUCGAGCCUACUGAACCGGCAAUCGCUCAAGCGAAUCGAUUUCGAGAGAUUUUAUCGGGAGCUAUUAAGAAAGAAGAGAAGGUAUCACUACCCGCGAAAGUGGAGAGCAAUGGGAUCAAAGAAGAAAAACCUUCUGUGUCGAAGGUGAAGCAAGAAGGACCAUGCGGCUGUGAUUUCUGCUUUCCGAAUCUUGGUGAAGAUCGGAAACCAACAAAAAACUACUGCUCGAACUGCCACAAUCAACAACAGUCUAUCGUCAAGAAUGAACCAAAAAUUGACGCUUCAUCGGGAGCGGUCAAUAUGAAGAAAGAAUCAGUGCAUGUUAAGACGGAAAAAAUAUCAACGAAUGAUGCCCCAACUCAGGAAGUUGCACAUGUGGAAGAACCAAUGCCCGGGCCAAGUGGGUUGAAUCGUAUACUAGAAAUACAACGUAAUAGAUACUUAAAACACCAAAAUCGUAGAAUUCGCCGUUUUUCGCGUUACGUCUACGAUGAUGACGAUGAUGAUGACUACGAUAGCGACGACAGCAGCGAUAAUGACACAGAUAAUGAUGCCGAUCGAAACAAUUCAGUCAGUAAUGUCGAAGCCGAAUGCGAUCUCAGCGGGUUGGCUAAUGUUGAGGUGGAUGCGGUCAAUACGACUGACAUAAUAAGAGAAACCGAUGCGGACAACUUUGAUUUAAAUGUGAAUGACUCUGCGGCUAAGAAUGGGUUGGUGAUAAACACUAGUUCUAGUAGUGUGGAAGAAGUCGCAAAUCGCAACGAAGAGGCAGAUGUGUCAGCUGAAAAAACAUCACGGCUAGACCGUUCCAAUGAACAACGUGAUAAACCACCGGAUUCAAAUGAGCAGCAGCGGAAAAGUGAUGUCCUAUCUGCUCCAGAUCUCCAGCUUGAUUGGGUCACGGAUACCAGCAGUAUCAGUGAUGAAAGUGACGUUGUCCUGAUUGAUCAACAGCCGGAAGAUGGGCGGGAACCGAUCGAUCUAACCAACUCCGAUGAUGAUGCGGAUAGAAAUCGUAACCGUAGUCGAGAGUCGGAUCAUUCGCCGCCAUUGUUCGCACGGCGGUCAUACGGACGGGGGACGAUGUUGGCAAGCCCGACAGGUGAAAGCAAUCGGACUGCCGGUUUCAUGCAUUGUGCCUCGUCCGGUGGGAGGAAUUCGGCCUCGCUUCCAUUCCGGAUGGAUGAAUCUGGCCCAUCGACAGCACAUCAUCACCACCAGUUUCCGCCAGUACGCCCGCAAAGACAUUUCCGUUCGUUUCCACAGUGGAACCUUGAUAGUCCCAGCAGUUCUCCUGGAGCCGGCAGACGAAUGAACAGCUGGAACUCUGGUGGUAGAACGUCGCGACAGGAUCCUAGCAUGAUGCGUCCUACUCCUUUGCUGUCAACGACGUAUCCAAUAAUGUGCCCGGUGGCCGAUAUGCACCGACCUCAGGUGGAUACCGGUCCGACUGCACCUGGGCCCAAUGGUAGUAAUAGUAACGUAGGAGGUGUUAUAGAUAACACCAGUAGUGGCAGUUUCAGCAGCCCUUUUACGCCUUGGCGUGGCCCACCAGGUUCCUCAGGUGGCAGUCAAAUGAACAAUAAUGGCGCAGGAAAUGCAAAUAGGCACGGUUUUCACCAUUGUGGGAAUAAUCCUGGCGCUGGAGGCGAUGGUGACGACGAGCACUUCUUGGCAGCCCAUGGCAUGGCUGAUGCGCCUACAGAUUACUCGAACAGAUUAGGGCCCAAUCCUGCCGAUUAUGACAACACCAGUAGUCGUAACAUGCGGUUUAGUAACGACAGCAAUCAAACUGAUUAUGAAUCGGGAAGGCAAGCACCCGCUCCUAGCGGAAACGGCCUAAAUGAACCGCGUGGUUAUCGUGGUUAUGGAUAUUCAAAUCGAAACCGUUACUUGCAUUCAGGCGGAGUUCGUCCACCUUACGCUGUUCAUGAAAACUUAUGGCACCGCCAGCAUAACAUGCAAGAAAUGCACCGCCGAACAAUGAUGCUGCGUGAUGUUAUCAAUGAUUAUUCAGAUCGCCUCUCCCCGCAUCGUUCAUCCUUGCGACCAAGGAACAACCUGAUCAAUUUGUCCUAUAAUAAUGCGUCUGGCGCUAGUCAAGCUCACGCCGGCAGCACUGACCCCGGUGUUUCUGGAGCACGAGGCGAACUUUUCGACGAUGGUGGCACAUAUUGGUCUGAUAGGAACUACAAUCAGCAUUCGUCUGGACACAACUACCCGCAGGAUCUUCGUGUCUUCAAUCAUAGACCGAGACGGGUGUCCUAUCAUACAACGGUUUAUCCUCCACUACGACGAAACGAUCAUCAGCACGUACAUCAUCAUAUGUAUCACCAUUUCCAGCCGCAGGCGAUACUGAAUAAUGCACCACAGGUGCAUUUCAGUAUAGGGCUUCGCCCGAGUCUGCUAUCGAGCUUGCAUCGUUUUGUCCGCGUGAUUGAGGAUACCUGUUCCAAUCGUGGAGCUACACAGGAAAUGAUUGAACACAACACUUUUCCGCACAAAUACAAACGACUGCGCCGUGCCAGCGAAACAGACGAAGACAGCGAAAAGUGCACAAUCUGUUUGUCCCAGUUUGAGGUUGAUAAUGACGUGCGGCGCCUUCCCUGUAUGCAUUUAUUCCACAAGGACUGCGUCGAUCAAUGGUUGGUGACGAAUAAGCACUGCCCCAUCUGUCGGGUCGACAUCGAGAUCCACCUAACCAAAGACUACAACAUAUGACGACCGGAAGCGGACGAGGGCCAUCCUCCACGCAGAGUACACAUCGAGGUAGUAGGCGUUGACGUGGAUCGUCGCCAGCGGCAGCCCACUCACCAUGCUCACCAUCAGCCAACUCUGCGCCACAAUCGCGGUAGUAACGAUUAUUAUCGGCGCUCCGGAAGUGAAGUGCUGUUUUAUUUUUUCCGUUAGAUCGGAUUUUGUUACUGUUAGGAUAGGAGAGAAAUAGCCGUUUUGGCCUAAGAAGCAAGGCACGUUGAAUUUAUAUCUGUGCAUCCUCUAGGAAUUUGUUCCGUGGUGAUAAAUUAUGUUCUGAAUCAGUCUUUAUUUUGCUCGUCUUUAUAUAAACCUUUUCAUAUAUUUUUUUUGUCAAAUUGGAAUGAAAUGUAUCUCCGUUUAUAUUAUAUAUAUUUUUUUUGUUCGUUUUGUAAGAGCAAUCAGUCAAUGCUAACUUUAUACAAUAAUCAAAGAGACAGUCAGUGCAUGUAUCAAUUGCUGUUUCAAAAUAUGUUAUAAUUAUCCAUGAUAUAUGUAAUACUGCGAAUAAAUAUUUCUUUUUCUGUUGUUAA